UAAUCAGGCAACAGUUCUUCAUAGAGCCCGCAGACACCGCGGUUUAGUUCUUCGUGUCAGGUGAAAUUCAGGUGAAUCAAGUCGUAUCAAGUGAUUUGAGCGCGGCUACAACAUUUUUAUUUGUCGUUUGUAGUAGUUUCAACGUUUUAUUGUGCUCUGGUGAUCUGAUUUUUCUUGGUGCUAAAGUGGACUAUCUUCGAAGAUUUUAAUUUUUUUUUUGUUGAUUAGUUUGGACUAUGAUGGUUGUGAAAUGGUUUGCGGUUUUGGUGAUUUGUCUACACACCAUGACCCCAACCAAAGCGGACGAAUCACAAGAGGAACCUCCAGAGGGCUAUUAUGCUUUCGUGGAAUCUCCAAAUGCUGAACCCCCACGUGUCAGACCUCCACCCUAUAGUUACACCCUUGCAGACUGCAAAGAAGACUUAAACAGAUCGCCCCAUUCUGCGCUGUUUAAUUUAUGCGGAGACUUGAAUAAGGGUACGAUCCCUAAAAACCCUAUGGGACAAAAUGUGUUGGGGUCAGCUUAUCCUUUUGAGCUUAUUAGAAAUAUGACAUUAAAAUACCUAAGCAGAACCUUACCCAUCUUGAAAGCUGAUGAAACUUUACCCAAAGUGGCUCAAGUACAAGAAGAUUAUAUUUCACAGAACUCAUUAAAUCCGUAUGAAACAAGUAACAAUGAUAGAAGUGACAGAGUGAGACGCUCAACAAAAAAAGACUCUACCAUCAACCAAACCGCUACUCUACAAAACGCAACCAAAGCGGUUGAUAGACAAGGUCGUAAAUUCUGCGACCAAGGCGGGAUUUUUUGCACAUUAUACAACGUAAUUAAUGGAGAGUCCAGCAAUCAACCCACCCCGGUCCAGCAUCUACCAUUAGAACGAAGGGACGAUGUUGUCCCCACAAGGUACGAAGGACCACCGACUCCUUGUCCUGCCAAAGUAGAAUAUGCCACCCCAGUAUUUGCUAAGAACUACCAAGGCACUUGGAGAUACGUGGUGCAGAUUCCUUAUGAAGGAUACUUCACUCAAACUGUUGAAGUUACUAGGUGUUUGCAGUCCAGAUGUCACUACUUGGAUGGCGGGUGUCUUUCAUCGCCAAGGUGGUCAAGUCUUUUGGUAGCAGAAAUCUACUAUCCGGACACCAUCUUAAGUAACGCUGACCAAACCAACCCGCAAAGAAGCCCAGUAGCUGGAUCACAACCACCAUCUGUUCAAGAUUUCCAGAACUAUCAGCAGUAUCUUCAGAAACGUGCUGGAUUACAGCCAGGCGCAUCAGAACCGACUUCUACAACUCGUCCGAUGCAUUGCGAUGGGAUCGAUGCUCUCGGUUGUUUCCAAGUCAGACUUUAUUACGAUUGGUUCUUGAUCCCUGGCUCAUGUAAAUGCUGGAGACCCGAUUACUUUAACAAAUACGUCAGGAGAAAAUCACCUGCUACGACAGUAGAUGUUUAAGCUAGAGCCAGAUGUUUACCUAAGACUGAGUCUAGACCUUAUUGUAUGUUAUGAGAAAUUAAUUUGGGGAAUUCAAGUAAGUUGUAGAGGAAGAUGUACCAGACUUGGAUUUCUUUAAAUUGACCUUAAGGGGAGUUUUUUUGGAAGGGUAUUUUGGUUUUAGGGAACGAGUGCGCCCACUAAACACAAAAUUAUUGGUUGAAGAAUGUUUCUCAGUGACCCUUGAGUUAUAUUCCAGUAAUAUUCUAAAAGUUUAAUAAUUUGAGAUAAUUAUUAUAGAAUAUACCUGAAAUGUUUAGGAGGUUCUUCGAAUCUUAAAGUCAGGGGCGCAUUUUUUUUAGGUGACAAUUAUGGGUUAAAAAUAUGAGAUGGUGCUCAUUCGCCAUUUUGAAACUGUUAUUUUUCGGUUGAACAAUAGAUUAGAAAAUAUACUUGCUAGAAAAACUUGUUUAUGUUUUACCUAUCUAUUAUUGAUUUAUAAUACCUUAGAAACGGAAUAUGUUAUGGUAGCAAUAAUACCUGCUAUCACACCUAGGGCAUUAUAAGCGGGCAUUAUGAUAAUGCCCGGAAAUUUUAUUGCUUAUCCAAUUUUAUUUCUUUCAUAAUAAAGAAUAAACAUUCAUUUUAUACAAAAAAUUAUGUUUCUUUAAAUACUAAAAAUUAAACUUUAUUUCCAAAAUAAAAAUUACAAUUUUGAAAUGUCUCGGAAAAUGUAGCUGAUCCCACUAUAGAAUGGUCGGUGUUUUUUGUGAUGGUAGAGGUGGCAGCACUAACGCUAUUUUGUAUAGUUUGUAAAUUGUCCAUUAAAGAAUUUACAAUAGUCGAUACGGAACUAACCUCGGAAUUAACUGAAUUGGCAAUCAUUUUGGCUACUUUAUUUUUGGAUGAAAUACUUUCUUCUAUAUAUCCUUCAGCUACUGAAGAGCUUUUCCAUUUCCCAUGUUGUUUUAGCAUUUCAAACGAAGCACCUGCCUCAACAAGUAAAGUUGACGAUGUGCGACGCAAACAGUGACCGGUAUAAGCUUCUGCAUUAUCCAGUUUUAAAAAUAUUGCUAUCAAUGUUGGGAUGCUUCCUAUGGUAUUUUUUCCAACAGGUUGUACUGGACAGCGACUCUUUCUAUAGGUAAGAAAGAAUCUUUGCUCCUUUAUUCCAGCUGGUCUUAAUGCUGCGUACUUUUUUAUUAAAUUUAAAGCGCCUAAAUCUUCUUCAAUGAUAGUCAAACUUUUUGAAGUUGGAAGUUUUAGUUUCUGGUACCUUUAUAACCAAGACCGUUCCUCUAUCUUCAAUAUCAUCAAUGGUCAUUUUGACCAACUCAUCUCGUCUUAAACCUCCAAAAACACCUAUUACCAAUAUGACUUUGUGUACCAAGUAGAUAUCAUCUAGAGCCUUCUUAAUAAAUUUUAUUAUUUGUUCUCCUUCCAAAACUUUAGACUUCUUCGGGACAUAUCCUUUCGACUUAACUUUUAAAAAAGAUAUGAGACGAUGGUGUUGCGAGAUGUCUAUAUUUUUAUAGACCAUUAACGUAGACCUUAGGGUAGAAUACUUGGUCCAGAGAGAGUUCGGACUGUAUUUUUCCGACUAAAAAUAUUAAAAUUUGUUAAACAUAUGUACCUAUUAAAAUAAAAUCAAUAACUUACCAGUUUCUGAAAAUAUGCCAUAAGAACGGUUUCGGUUAUUUGAACAAUUGCGUUGGCAUCUUUCCAAAUACCAAAUAUGCCAUACUCCCGAUCAUACUGUUGCCUUGAUUUAACUGGCAAAAGAUUUUCGGUCUCUUUUAUGGCCUUUUCUCUUAUAUUUUGUGGAAUUUCUUCCAUUUUAAGCAAAUAUUUAAACAAAAAAUGCCAACUGACUAACUGACAGAAACAUCAAAGUCAAACUUAAAUAAUCACUGCAAGUCACUUGAUAAAUUUCUGUAGGUAGGUAUGUACGUAUACCUACCUGUACAGGUAGACCCUAUUUUUUAAUUAAUAUUAAAAUUAUUUUUGUUCAUAAAAAUCAAUUUUUAGGUAAAACAUAAAGCAUUGUAUGCACCACGGGCAUUGUUAGACUUUAAUACCCAUCAGGCGGAAGCCUAGCUCUCGAGCCAAAGUCCGCCAAAGGCCCUUGGGUUACUAUUUCCACCUUCCGGGCAUUAUCGUCCUUACAAUGCCCUUGAUACAUAAAUAGCUAUUGUAGUUAGCUAUUUUCCUUCUAUAAUUUUUUUUGUUAAUGGAUAUAUUAAUAUUUUUCCGUCACGUCACUGUGACUUAAUAGUGUUCAAAAAAAGCCACGCCCAAAUUAAGGAAAAUAUUAGGAAUUAAAAGUUAUAAAUUACAGAAAAAAAAUUACGUCACGUGACUUUGACUUGAUUGAAGUGUUAGUUUUAAUAAUUGAAUUUCUUUUCCCCGUUUGCCACUUUGAAACUGCUGUUGUUACGUCACGCCCAAAUUCCUUAGAAGAAUCCUGUAAUAUUCUUAAAUAAUUAUUCGCAUAUUUUUUAGAGAAUAUUUCUGAAACGUCUUCUAAUAAUUACAAUCAAGAAUAUUAAAAAAUAUUCAUAGAACAUCUUAAAGUGAUUGUGUUUAGUGAGUGUUACAAGUAUAGUUUUCAAGAUUUGUCAAAAACAUGUUUCUCUAUAUUGCAAAGACUUAUUGUUAAGAUUUUAUUGUAUUAUUUCAGCACUUUUAUUUGAGAUUUCAUUACGGAAUAUUUCUUGAUCAAUUAAAACUAUCUAUAAUUUAACAUUAAUUUAAUGCGGCAGUUAUGAUAUGGAAAUAAGUAGAAUUUAUUGUAAUUUAGGUGUAUUUUUAAUAAACAUGUUUUAUAAGGUAAAAUGCGUUUCCUGUUAUGUUCAAAUGAGCAGUGGCGUACCCAGCUUCUGAAGACGGAGGGAGCAGAAUUUUUGCAAAGCAAAAUAAUAAUAAUAAUUACUAACGUUUAUGUAUUCAUUACUCAAAUUGUAGAUACAUAUAAAUUACAAAUAAACAGAUUUAAGUAGAUUUUUUUAUGCCUAGUUUUGUUAGCGAAUAGCUACCUAAAGAAUAUAUUAUAUUAUAUAAGUAUCAUAGCAUA